AUGGUGAUCUCACCUCUGGAUGGCGUUGCGAAGUUGGCCAAGACGCGAGUCGAAAGAAAAAGAAUAAAACUGACGGCUUCAGACACUCCCAACGAAGGCAAUUGGGCUGAGCGGGACCGUCAGAGCUAUGCCAGCGGGAGCUAUGUAAAAAGGUUAUAGAAAUUUCUCUCUAAUAUUUUUUGAAAAAAAAUUCUAUACAAUGGAUCAAAACAUGUCAGUCGGUGAAAUUUGACGGGAAAACUCGAAAAUCACUUUCCAAAAAAUAAAAAUCGAUAAUAAAAUAAUUUAAAGUUUCUCCAUUUUACGCAAAAAUCGAAAGAAACUCUCCAAAAUAUUUUUGUGUCUCCGAAAACGCGACAAACGUAUAGGUGGGCGGAGCGUCAGUCCCGAAUUGGGCCCGCCUCCUCAAUAUCUAGAGAAUCUGCGCUCCACCGAAAUGGUUAUUUCAAAAAAAACUUUUUUUUUUUGCUUUUACUUAACUGUUUUUCACACGAGUUCUGACGUCAACGAAUCAAUCUAGAGAUUUUAAUAGUUUGUCGUUCAGUCAUUAGCAUCAUCAUAUUGACUUUGAUAUUAAACUUUUGAAGAAAGAGAGAAUGUGGGAAAUCAACCAGCAACUCUCAAAUAAUGAAAAAAUGGUAAUGAGACGCACUUUCUUUCUUCGUUACUUAUCCCAGUUGUCUUCAUGACUGCCAUGCCUCAUAAAGUUAAUUUUUCAGUUACGUACACGGAAUGUUGAACGGCGAGAGUAACUUUGCUCUCGACAAGGAUCUCGAGCGGCUGAAACAGUGCGGAUGGCUUGCCGUCAUUCCCAAAACCAACCAGAUAGAGGAGCUGCAGACAAUUUUGAAAGACAGGUUAGUUUUUUUGAAAUAGAUUUUCUCUACUUUUUCAUCGAGACUUCAUUACCUUCUUUUGUUCAUUCAUUUUUUCUGUCCCAGUGGACUAUCAUUAUUAUUUUUAUUUUCAAAUCAAUCGAUGAAGCAUAAAGUCGGACUAGCUUAAAUUUAAUAAAGCACUUCACGCUCAUAUAUUUUUAGAGAAACUUCGCAUCCUGAUUUCGUUUUUUACGCUGACCGUUUGAUGAGGAUUGUUAUCGAGGAAGGCCUCAAUCGGCUUCCUUUCAGUGAAAAAACGGUCGUAACUCCUUCUGGCGUCAAAUACAACGGUUCAAAAAGAAUUAAUCAGAAAAAUGGUUGUAUAUUUGCAGGUAUACAGUUUGCGAGGGGAAACUGCGGAGUUUCAGUUUGUAGGAGCGGCGAGGCGAUGGAAAUUGCUCUGAGGCAGUGCUGCCGUUCUAUCCGAAUAGGAAAAGUCCUUCUCGGUAGGACUUCACAGAAUGUUUUUAUUGUGGAUAAGUUUUCGGUUCCAAACUAGGGAAGUUCAUCAAGAGCAUAUAAAGGAUAGAAAAAUUUAGUGGCUAAAUAUUCGAAGAUUACCUAAGUUUUUUUCGAUUUGAACAAUUUCAUCAGUCUUGCUUGUUGAAUAAUAAUGAAAAGGUUUUUCCUCAGAACUUUAUCUUGAACUUCGCAGGCGAAGAACAACGAAUACUCUACGCACGGUUGAUGUCGGACAUUUCACAGCGACGUAUCCUGAUUCUCUAUCCAACUAUAAGGCAGAGUAAUCCGAACUAACUUCAAAUUCAUUUCUGAAGUAUUUUUAGUACUGGUAUCACGACGUGCAGGGCAAUUCGUGCGUUGAAGGACGUCGGCGUUUCAGAGGAAAACAUGUACCUUAUAACUCUCUUCAUCACUCCAGCCGGUCAGAUUUUUAUUUUUUGGUGUUUUACCACGUUCUGUCAGCUUUUUAUUGGCACGAGCUGUUAAGCCGACUUUUUACAGGCGUCCCAUAAAUAUUAUUCGAUUUUUUUUUUGGUAUUUUGAUUUUCCUAGGUGCUGAUAUAUGCGAACAUCUGGUAAUUUUCCUUCAAUAAAAAAACCAAAUCUUAAAAUAGAAUUUUUCCUAUUUUAACCUCAAAAAAUAUUAGUUUCAGGUGUCAAGAGAAUUUGUUCGAACUACCCCGAAUUGACGAUCAUCACUUCGGAUGUGACCACGGAGUUCCCUCACAGCUUCGCCAUGAAAUACUACGGUACUGACUGA